UCGGUGCCUGUAGUGGUGCUGUGGGAGGCGGCGGGCAGGCGGGCGGCGGCGGCGGCUCAGCCUCUCUGCUCUCCUUCUUCUCCUCCGCGCGCGGCCCCAGCCAGCCCUGCCUUCUUGGCUGCCGAAUGCACACAUUCAGGGAUCCCCUCCAUAAUCACCUUCCCGCCCAGCACUUUGUAGUUCUCCAAGAGGAAGGCGCGCGCCUCCUCGGAAGCCUCCAAGCCGGGCUCCUCUUCUCCUCCUCCUCCUGCUCCUCAGAGCCAGCGCUGCAGCGACUCCCGCCGCCUCUCCUCCGCACUGAAGCCCAUUCCCGGGGAGGAGGAAGCUCUACUCCGCCAGCCCAGCAGAGGGAAAGGAAGGGGGAGAGGAGAGAGAGCAGAGUGGGGGGAAAAAAAGCAGCCGGAAAGAGCCACCUUCCAUUAGCAUCUGUCCAAAUGGAGAGAAGAAAUGUAGCAGUGAUCAACAUCUAAUCAAGAAUCCAGGGUGCCAGGAAAUAUUGAAAAUCUCCCUUACUGCGGCUGAAUCUGGCUCUCAACUUGAUGUCUUCCACUGGGGAAAGUUGUGGGUGUAAAUGACAAUCUGCCUCAUCUUGAUCCAUCAUCAUUCCAGGAUAGUAGUGUCUCUGAGGCUCUCUGAUAACUUUGACAUGGUACAGAAGAUUUAAAAUUAGCUGAUGUUCACAAGGAAAAGAAUCACGUGAUGUAUGAAGGCAAACACAUACACUUUUCUGAGGUUGACAAUAAACCGUUGUGCUCGUACAGCCCCAAACUGUGCAAGCAAAGACGACUUAACGGCUACGCCUUCUGUAUCAGGCACGUUUUGGAGGAUAAAACUGCCCCCUUCAAGCAAUGUGAAUAUGUGGCCAAGUACAAUAGCCAACGUUGCACCAACCCCAUCCCCAAGUCUGAGGACCGUAGGUACUGCAACAGUCAUCUACAAGUUCUUGGCUUUUUACCGAAAAAGGAGAGGAAGAAAAAGAAUGAUCCGAUAGAGGAGGUAAAAGUCCGGCACCAGAUGGAUUCCAUGGCCUUCAGCUUGACGGUCCCUCCGCUGGCCUUGAAGAUGCCCAAUGGCCUGGAUGGGCUGUCCCUCUCUCCACCAGGAGCACGGCUUCCUCUCCACUACCUGGAAGCAGAGUUGGAAGACCCCUUCGCUUUCAACGAGGAAGACGACGACCUCAAGAAAGGGACGACGGUGAAGAAAAAGCUGCAGAGCAAAUUAGCCCAAAACCGACAGCGCCAGAGGGAAACAGAGAUCCUGAAAGUUCGCCAAGAGCACUUUAGCCCCCUUCCUGCACCUUUGCAGCAGCAGCAGCCGCCUCAACCGCCGCCGCCGCCUCAGCCGCCUCAACAGCACUCCCAUCUCUCACCUUUACCAACUUCUUUAAAGCCAGCAGGGCUACCGCAGGGCUUAGUCUGCAAGUCACCUCAACCUCAGAACACCAGCCUACCAAUGCAGGGAGUGGCGCCCACCACACACACUAUAGCACAAGCCAGGCAGUUGUCCAACAAGAGACCUCUGCCUCUCCCGCACCCCGCCAAGGCUCCUGCUCCAGACUCGCCCCAGCCUGACAGGAUCCUCAUGAAAGCCACAGCCUUCUCUCCCCACUCAUUGUGUAUGAGCCGGCUACAGAGACUGGUGAAACUGUGCACUCAGAAACAGCAGCUGGAUGCUGAUCUGUUUCCACAUUUAGGGUUGGACUGGUCUGAAGACAGUGGAGAAGAAUUUGAAGAACUGGAGCAAAACUCGCCAUACCAUGUUGCAUGGUCUAUCCGGGAAGCCCUCAGAUAUGAAAGGAAUGAGCCAGAUUAUGAUGAUGAUGAUGAUGAUGAUACCAGUGGCAGGAGUUCCCGCAUUUCCCAACUUUGCACUUACUUUCAGCAGAAGUACAAGCACCUCUGCCGCCUGGAGCGGGCAGAAUCUCGUCAAAGGAAAUGCCAACAUACAUUCCGGAAAGCAUUGCUGCGGGCAGCCAACAGGGAGCCAGAGUGUGCUGGGCAGCUGAUACGGGAACUUCGAAGGGCUUCUUGUAGCCGGAACAGCACAAGCCAGGUGAAGCAGAGGGAUACAUCGGUGUGUCGUGGAACCACAAAGGGUGAAGCAUGCACCAACAAGGCUCUUCCAUUCACAAAACAUUGUUUCCAACAUAUCCUCUUGAACCGGUCACAGCAGCUUUUCUCAAGCUGCACAGCCAAGUUUGCCGAUGGACAGCAAUGCUCUGUGCCAGUUUUUGACAUUACACAUCAGACACCCCUAUGUGAAGAACACGCCAAAAAGAUGGAUAACUUCUUGCGAGGAGACAGUUCCCGUAAAGUUCAGCACCAGCAGCAGAGGAAACCCAGGAAAAAAACAAAGCCACCUGCGCUUACCAAAAAACACAAAAAGAAAAGAAGGCGAGGGCCACGACGUCCCCAAAAGCCUAUUCCUCCUGCUGUGCCCCAAGGAAACCUCAGUAUGCCCACCAGCAUCUCACUGCCAAUGGAGAUAUCCCAUAUACGGAGCCCUUCCACACCGGAGCUGAGUACAGAUGAACUGCCCGAUGACAUCGCCAAUGAAAUCACAGACAUUCCACAUGACCUCGAACUGAAUCAGGAGGAUUUCUCGGAUGUCCUGCCGCGGCUGCCUGAUGACUUGCAAGACUUUGACUUCUUUGAAGGUAAAAACGGAGAUCUCCUCCCCACUACCGAAGAGGCAGAGGAGCUGGAGCGAGCCCUGCAGGCUGUAACUUCUCUCGAGUGCCUGAGUACCAUGGGGGUGCUCACGCAGACGGAUGGUGUGCCGGUCCAGGAGCUCUCGGAGAGAGGGAUAGGGGUAUUUUCCACAGGUGCUGAAACUUCAGGAAUUCCAUCCUUGAGCCGGGAAGUCAAUGCAGACCUAGGCGAGUUGCUGAACGGGCGUAUCGUACAUGAUGACAAUUUCUCCAGCCUGGACCUGGAUGAGAGCUUGCUUCGUUCUGCUACUUUAUCCAACCCCCCCACGCCCCUGGCAGGGCAAAUUCAGGGGCAGUUCUCUGCCUCCGCCAACGUUGGCCUUACUUCUGCCACUCUGAUAAGCCAGAGUGGGCUCGGGGAGAGAGCCUUCCCAGGACAAUUCCCAGGACUUCACGAUGGCAGCCAUGCCUCUCAGAGGCCACUCCCUGCCCAGCUGCUUAGCAAGGCAGAUGACCUAAUCACCUCACAACAGCAAUACAGCAGUGACCAUUCACACUCCUCACCCCACGGAAGCCAUUAUGACAGCGAACACGUACCAUCACCCUACAGCGACCACAUAACGUCCCCCCAUGCCUCCUAUUCUGGUGAUAACCUGGCAGCUACGUUUUCCACAGAGAUGCCCAUCAUAGCACAACAUUUGCUCCCAUCGCAACUGGAGGUGCCGCUCGGUGGAGUGGUAAACCCCAGAACUCACUGGGGGAGCCUCCCGGUCAGCCUCGGCGACCCUUCUCCGUUCAACAACCUGCUUGGUGCAGAUGGACACCUCCUCUCUACUUCCCUCUCCACGCCGCCUACCACGUCGCACUCAGAGACCACACAGCCUGCCUUCGCCACUGUGACCCCCAACAGCUCCAGCGUGCUUCCGGGGUUGCCACAGACCAGUUUCAGCGGCAUGGGUACGGCAUCGUCUGAACUCAUGGCCUCCACAUCCCCCAAGCAACAGCUCCCACAGUUCAGUGCCGCCUUUGGCCAUCAGCUGAGCUCCCACAGUGGCAUUCCCAAGGACUUGCAGCCUAGCCACAGUUCCAUAGCUCCUCCAACGGGCUUCACAGUAACCGGUGCCACAGCUACCAGUACCAAUAAUGCAUCUACUCCCUUCACCACCUCCAGUUGAGCUUGUCUGUUGCUCUGAAUUUCAGACAGUUGUGUUCCCUUCUAUCCCAUCUCACCCUAUCCAUCUUCUUCUCUUCCUGGUUUUUGUCACCACCUUUUUAAAGACAGUUGGGUUUUUUAUUUCAAACAACAAGAGUGAGCAAGAAGUCCCAAUUUAGGACAGACCAGGCUUUUCUUGUCGCUAAGCUCUGCUCUGACGAUCUUAUGUGCUGUUUAUGUAAUGGUGCUCAUUUACUCCUGGCAGGUUUGCUGUAUAUUCCCAGUUAAUACCCCAGUUAGGAAACACAGCACAGAUACAGGAUGUCAUUGAUCUUAGGCCAAGAAAUGAGAAGAUGGAUGUAGUUGACCUUAGAACCAGAAUGAGAAGAUACCUCAAAUAAAACUAAUGCAAGUUCCUAAGGUUCUGAUCAAGCUUUCAGUCCCAUUGGUAUCUGAGGAGGAAGUGGAAAGCCGUUAUAUUUUUAGAGGUGCAAAUGGGGUGAGAGGUAAAUAAACUCUUUUUUGUUUGGUAAUUGGUAAUUUGGUAAUUGGGCAACAUAGAAUUAAGCCAAGGCUAUGGUUCACUUGUUAACUCUUGACCUUCUCUUUAAGUGUAGGGGUGUGUGUGAUUCUGUGUGUGUGUGUGUGUGUAUUUGAUGGGUAAAUGACAGUUCUUUUCUUUCCUGAAUUGAAGAAGUUCUUUCUCAAAACUAGUGAUUCUUUCUCCUGAAAGCUAAUUUGUUUUCUGAAAUUGGGUUUAUUAAAUAAAAGGAAGCUUAAAAUCAACAUAACAUGCCAGAUUGUGUUUGUUGGUCCAGAGUAACCCAGGUGGCCACUGGAAAGCUUUUAUGUACUGGAAUAAACUAUAAUGAUAUAGUUGUUCAGAUGAAGUCUAAAUAUUCACUGCAGCUGAUCAAUUGUUAGUAAGUUGGCUUUUGCCAAUAAAGUACUGCGUGAAUUUCUCCCAUGGGAAUAAAUUCUUGAAUGAAACUGGCAGAAAUAUUAUGAACUCCCUUUUCGAUCCAAA